AUAAAACCACCGGGAGACGACAUCUCGGUGCCUCCUCAGCCGCCUGUGCACCAGAAGAGAACCAGGACCUCCAGAACGAUGGCCCCCAAGAAAGCCAAGAAGAAGGAAGCGGCGAGCUCCAACGUGUUCAGCAUGUUCGAGCAGUCUCAGAUCCAGGAGUUCAAAGAGGCUUUCACCAUCAUGGACCAGAACAGAGACGGCUUCAUCGACAAAAACGACCUGAGAGACACAUUCGCUGCUCUGGGGCGUCUGAACGUGGGUAAUGACGAGCUGGACGAGAUGCUGAAGGAAGCUCCUGGACCCAUCAACUUCACCAUCUUCCUCAGCAUGUUCGGAGAGAAACUCAAAGGAACGGACCCUGAGGAGAACAUCCUGAACGCCUUUAAGAUCUUCGACCCCGAGGGCACCGGCAUCAUUAAAGGAGAAGAGAUUAAAUAUCAUCUCAUGUCUCAGGCAGAUAAAUUCACGGAGGCGGAGGUGAAUCAGAUGUUUACGAACUUCCCUCUGGACGUGGCCGGUAAUCUGGACUACAAGAACCUCUGCUACGUCAUCACUCACGGAGAGGACAAAGAGCAGGAGUAAAAACUCCGUUUCCCACAAUCCCCUGUGUUUACUGACCAUCUGUAUGUCCAUUCCCUCGCCUGUAUUUGUCUGUUGUUAAUAAAUAUAAAAAAUCCA